AAAAAUGGAAAGGAAUUGAUGACAUUUCCUUCUCUUUUCUCUUGCGCUCUCUGUCAGCUGACUCAGUUGUCUCUUCCAAUUCUUUCCCUCUAAAAACCAAAGAAACCCUAACAAUGGAGGGAGGAUCAGAGAGCAUUGUUGAAGUAAGAGAAGAAGUUAUGGUUUCUCCAACUGGUGGAAACCCCACGGUUAGAAAGGCCCAUUUCAUCAAACCCUCCACAAACUCCAUUACCGGACCUUUCUCUAAGCUCCAUUCCCUUUCUCUAUUUUCCUUUCCAGCUGUUUUUGACCCCAAAAAAUGUGGUUUGGAGGUUAAGUUCAUUGGAUGGAGGUCCCGACACAAUAAAUGGAGAACAUGGGUCCACAAGAUGGCUUCUUUGCAUGAGUCCACAUGGAAGAAAGCUGGUGUAUAUGGAGCUAUUAUGAACUCUACGUAUGGGAUAACCAAAAAUGAUGAUUUGAUCUUCGGGGUUGCUGAGAGAUGGUUUCGUGAAACCAAAAGUUUCAUCUUUCCUUGGGGUGAGGCCACAAUCACCCUAGAAGAUGUCAUGAUCUUGGGGGGUUUCUCUGUUUUAGGCUCCCCUGUUUUUGCAGCUCUUGAAACUGAGGAAUUAAAGGAAAUAGAGAAGAAGCUUCAAAGGGGAAGGACUGAAUUGUAUCACACUCCAACUAGGAAGGCUGAGCAAUCUCUAUGGAUGGAGAGAUUUAUCGGUACUGACAGUGAAAUCGAGCAUCAGGCAUUUUUGGUAUUGUGGCUAUCAAGGUUUGUUUUCCCAUCCAGUUCAGACUUAAUUGUAAAAAGUGUUUUUCCUAUUGCCAUUCACCUUGCUAGAGGCACUAGAAUUGCACUUGCACCUGCCGUUCUUGCUAAUAUCUAUAGAGAUUUAAGUUGCUUAAAGGAAGCUAUUGUUGCCACAAGAGAGUUACAAAUUCACGAGAAGAGUAGAGAUGAGAGAUUAGCUAUUAUUACUCUUUGUUCGCCAUUUCACUUAGUUCUAGUUUGGACAUGGGAGAGGUUCUCAGAGUUGAGACCGAAGCCAAAAUCGAUAAGAAAUGGUGAGCCACGAUUGGCUAGGUGGCAUGGGCUAAGGCGAGAAGUCAAGAAUGUGAGGUCAGUUCUAGACUCAGCCAAAGCAAGUUUUGAUUGGCGCCCUUAUGCUAAGACUAUAACAAACUGGGAAUUUCCCAAGUUUUAUGGAGAAGAUGAAAUGUGGGUAUCAAUUGACUCAUGUCUUGAUGAUGAACUGUUGGCAUUUGCUCGAUGCUUGAGGGUUUCAGCGCUUGUUGGACUUACUACUGUAGAACAAUACCUUCCACAUAGAGUUGCAUUGCAGUUUGGAAUGGAUCAAGAUCUUCCCAGUUGUGUUACUCGAUCAAAUUGGAGUCCUGAGAUUGCUUGGGGUGAUUAUAGCAAGCCAGUUGGUGGUGGGAGGUUGUAUGUUCCACCUAGGUUUUUUGAGGCAGAUGUUACAACCCGAUACUUGGAAUGGUGGAAAGAGUCAGUAUUGAGUUUUCAAGAGCAAAGAGGCUAUUCGAGUUUUCUAAUGAUACCAAAAGAGCUAACAAGAUCAUUGAAUUCUACUCAACCUGGUUCCUACUCUAUCAAGCCUAGUUCAGCUCGGAUUUUGACACACAAUCAGAAAGAUAUUAGUUCAUCUUCUGGCCUAAGUACUGGUCAUAAACGCACCGCAAAUCACAAGGAGAAAAAUGGUGCUUUAGUUCUUCCAGAAUCUCCUCCAAAGAGUUUGCUUGGGUUGGUAGGGUGUUCGGAAGCAAAGAGUAAAACCAUCAAUGCUGCUUCUCCUCUUGAUAUCAAUUCAGACAGUUCAGACUGCUCAGUUAUUGUUUUGGAAGUCAAAAGCAAAGAAAAGGGUAAUUCUGCUUCUUCCUCCCCUCUUUCUAGUACUUCAAAGGCGGUAGUUGAUUUUAGACUCCAGCAAGAACUUGACACUUCCCCUUUCCCUCCUGGUUUUCCACCCAAGAACAAACUGGUGGAAGCAAAGAGUUUUGUGGGGGAAGAUAGAGAAAUUUUACAGUAUUCAGCUCAAAGUCCGAAAAGGAAAGGAGCUAUGGGUGCUUUAGUUCCUCCUGCUUUAGAUUCGAAUAUUUCAGAAAGCUCAGGUUGUGAUUUAGAAAUCAAAGAGAAACAAAACACUAGCAGUUCUCCUUUUACUGAGGAAUUAGUUGAUUUUGGAGUUCAGAAGGAGCUUUGCAAUUCUCUGAUCUGUCCUGCUUUACCUCCGAAGAGCAAAAUGGUGGAAGCUAAGUGUUCUCCUGCUGAAGAUAAAAUGACGGUGGAAGAACAUUUUAGAUCUUUUUGCAAAGGUGAUAAUGCUGGUAAUUCUUCUGAUGGCGACUAUGAAGAUCAAUUAACACUUUCUCAAAUGUUACAUAUGAAAAGGCUUCAUGGAGUUGAGCGUAAAGAGGUGAGUAAUGGUGGGAAUUGAUCCAGUCCAUCAAAAAGUCCUUGGUCCUCAACCACAAAAAAUAAAGGUUCAAGAUGUAUUGAGUUGCCAACAGUAUCCGCGGAUAAGUUCAAACCAAAUGAUGCUGUAACCAAAGGGUCAAAGAGAAGUAUUCAAGAUUUAUAUGAGAGUUGAGGGGUGUCAAAGGGCAGUGCUCGAGCUGUAACUGACUCCUGUAGACAAUGCAAUAUUGGUGGACUACAGAAGCACUGCUGAUCAUGGAGGGGUUGGUUUCAAUGAAAAGGAAGGAGAUGGAUAUAACAACAUAUGUUCCAGAUACCGGGUUAGAUUUUGAAAGUUUUUGAUUAGCUGGAUAGAAAGCGUGAUUUUUAGAUUUAAAGCAGCAAGAACUGGGAAAGAGGUUGAGUGAAGUUGCUAUUAGCUGCCUGAGUUAGGCCUUGAGCCAGUGUUUUGCCUUCAUACAUGAUCUGAUGAUUUUGUUGCUUAAAACUUCAGGACAAUGUCUAGCCAAAUGAAACUUUUUGUAAUUA